UUUCUUGUUAACGCUCAUUUCAAGAUGGCGUCCGCCAGCAUCGUAGAAGAAGCUGAAGUUUUCGAACCGUCGAUUCAAAAUAUCAUCGAUCAAAUAACGCUGCGAUGGGUUUUUGUCGGAGGAAAAGGUGGUGUUGGUAAGACAACAUGCAGUUGUAGCAUUGCUCUUCAACUCGCUAAAACAAGAGACACUGUCCUGAUUAUUUCUACUGAUCCUGCUCAUAACAUAUCAGAUGCGUUCAACCAGAAAUUUAGCAACACUCCAACCAAGGUUCAAGGCUGUGAUAACCUCUAUGCAAUGGAAAUAGACCCUAAUGUUGGAUUUUCUCAGCUUCCUGAUGAUAUUUUAGAUGAGCCAGACUUGAUGUCCAUGGGUAAAGGUAUGAUUAAGGAACUAUUAGGAGCUUUUCCUGGAAUUGAUGAAGCCAUGAGUUUUGCUGAGGUUAUGAGGCUAGUGAACACAAUGGAUUUUAGUGUAGUGGUAUUUGACACAGCUCCAACAGGCCACACCCUCAGACUACUUGCAUUUCCAUCAAUUAUUGAAAAAUCUCUUGGAAAAAUUUUAGCUCUGAAGAACAGUAUUGGACCAUUUGUCUCUCAGUUUGGCUCUUUGCUGGGUAUAAAUGAUAUGAAUGCAGAUCAAAUGACCAAGAAGUUAGAAGACACACUGCCCGUGAUACAGCAAGUCAGUCAACAGUUUAAAAAUCCGGAUCACACAACAUUUGUAUGCGUUUGUAUAGCAGAGUUUCUGUCCCUCUACGAAACAGAGAGAUUAGUUCAAGAGCUCAGCAAGUCAGACAUUGACACACACAACAUCAUUGUCAACCAACUGAUUUUCCCCGACAAAGAGAAAGCAUGCGCAUUAUGCCAAGCCAGAUACAAAGUACAGAAUAAAUAUCUCGAGCAGAUUCAAGACUUGUACGAAGACUUUCACGUUGUAACUCUGCCACUCUUGGCUCACGAAGUACGAGGUCGAGAAAAACUUGAACAAUUUUCUAGAAAUCUGUUAACUCCAUACUCCAACUAGAACGUGAAAAGUUGAAAUAAGAAGGAACAAAAACAUAAACAAAAACAAAACAAAAGUAAAACAAGCAAACAAAACAAAAUACAUGAAAUAAAUUUUAACAAGUUU